AACCCCAAUGUGCCUCCUUAUUUACCCGUCUUGGAUCCCUCUCCAUUAAUAAAGAAAGAAACAAUCAAACAAUGCCCCUCUCAAAUCUCAAAGUAAUUCAAAGGCCCCUCUCUCUACCUCUUUCCAUUUUCUAGCUCUACUUUUAAUGGCACACUUCACUUUCUUACCAGAAGCGUCAGAGAUCCAAAAACAACCAUUGAAACGGAGAAAAAAGCAACCAUCUUCAUGGGAUCAAUUCAAGAACUUAUUGAGUUGCAAGCAGAUCGAAAACUCAACAGUUCAUGACUCAUCUAAGAACCCUACUGCAGCAGCUUAUUAUUCAAAGUUGGGUUCUUGUAGUUCUAUAUGUAGCUUUAAGGAUGUUGUACUACAUCAUGGCAACAACACAAGAGUGGUUCACAUAGCUGAUGAUAAUACAAAUAAUUCUUUAGAAGAUCAAAGCAGCAGUACUUUAGGCCAAGAAACUCGGCUUCUGAGCAAGAAAACUUCUUAUGGGUCAACAUCCUCGAGAUCUUUUGGUAGCUCUACUAGAUCAAAUGGCAGUACUACUACUUCUAGAGGCAUGCAAUUUAGGAAGCUCUCUGGAUGUUAUGAGUGUCACAUGAUAGUUGAUCCCAGCAGGUACCCAGUCCCAAGGUCAACUAUAUAUGCCUGCCCUGAAUGCGGCGAAGUUUUUCCAAAAAUUGAGAGCUUGGAACAUCAUCAAGCAGUAAGGCAUGCUGUAUCAGAAUUGGGUCCUGAAGAUUCAAGCAGGAACAUAGUGGAAAUAAUCUUCAAAUCAAGCUGGCUCAAAAAGGAUAACCCAAUAUGCAAGAUCGAACGUAUACUCAAAGUCCACAACACCAAACGCACCAUCCACAAAUUCGAAGAUUAUAGGGACGCCGUGAAGCUACGCGCCACCGUUAACGGCAAGAAAAACCCCCGUUGCGCUGCCGACGGUAACGAACUCUUAAGGUUCUACUGCACAACCCUCACGUGCUCACUCGGCCCCAAGGGUACAUCUAACUUGUGCAGCUCGGUAUGUACACCUGGCUGCGGAGUUUGUACCAUCAUCCGACAUGGAUUCCAAGGAAAUAAUAAUAAGGUUUGUGGGGUCCGCACAACGGCCGGUAGUGGUAGGGCCCAUGACUGCCUCGGUGGCGGCGGCGAUGGACGAAGGGCGAUGUUGGUGUGUCGGGUGAUAGCUGGGAGAGUGAAGCGCGUGGCGGAGGAUGCGGCGGCGACGGAGGAGGAGAGUGGUGGUUCUGGGUUGUCGGCUGCUGGAAAUUUCUAUGAUUCUGUAGUUGGGUAUUCAGAUAUUUACUCGAAUCUCGAGGAGUUAUAUGUGUUUAAUCCAAGGGCAAUUCUUCCUUGCUUUGUCGUGAUAUACAAAGCUUUGGAAUCUUAGGUUUGGCGUUUUUAACAUUUGUACUUGAGCUAUUUGUUAGGUGUAGUUCUUGUCCGUUUCUAUGGAGUUUACGGUAUGUCUUA